AUGUCGAAUACUCCAAAUCCGCGUGGACGCCGGCCCGCGCGAGAUUCCGGGGUCUCUGAAGCAUCUACCCCAGCCGGUGAUACUACACUUACUAGGCUGCAGCGCCUUCCCAUUCACUCGCGCUAUCCAUCUACACCGAGACGGCCUGCGGGAUCUACAACCCCAUCGGCGAACAGAUCGGCUUCACGAUGGGGGACACCAGGGAACAGAGGUGGGGGGCCGUCGACUCCCUAUGGACUCCGCGCAAUGCAACGGCGCGCAGCGAAUACUCCCGGUCGGAAUCGUCGAAAGAGCGGAGCAGUCCAGCGCGAAACGGUUUUCGAUGUUCUCCGAAACCUUAGUAAAGCUCUCGCGCCAGAAUCACAACCUAUACGGUCAUCACCGCAGGUUCAACCGGAACCGGAGCCGGAAUCCGAGGUUGACGAAUUUGACGAGCUUGAUAAUGAGCCUGCGCCUGAGAGGCCACGGCUAUCCUUACCGUUGGAGGACGUUGGAGACGAGGAUGAUGACACAAGUCCUGAAAUACGCCCACCGCGAAUGUCUAUGGCACUGGAGGAUGAUGAUAUGACACAUACUUCUGUGGAAUUUCCUCGGAGAGCCACAUUUGACCGCGAUAGAGGCCGACUGUCUAUGAUGAGUCUAGGCGCCCCCCGGCUGAGUGAAAACUUUGCGGAUACUACCGGAUUGGAAAUCGGUUCAGAUGCUGGUGAUGAUACUGGUGUGAUACGGAACGAUGAUGAAGGUCAGGACGAAACUCUCAUCAGUCAGGGUGCUUUCGACAGAGGUGGAGAAACGGAUGAUAUCGGGCGGUUCAAUCUUGAUUUUAAUUUUCCAUCACCUGCUGCCCCGGUUGAUCUAGACCCGGAUGAGCCCAUGAACGACGACGAAGGGUUUGAGCUACCUGUAGACGACCUUGAAGAACCAGGACUUGGCCCUGGGUCGGAUGGUAGUGACGUCGGUGAUACUACCGGAGGCUUCGGCCUAGAGCUAUAUCCUCCAGAUAGGGUUUCCAUGAGUGAAAGUCCUGGGCUUGUUGGAGGAGGGCUACGUGAAGAAGACACAGUUAUACAGGGCAAGAAGCAGAAGAAGCUAUCGCGGCAUGGUAUUCCAGUUCCUAAUAUGCCUGCCGGUGUCGUCCGGAAAUUGGCUACGCGGUUUGCACGAGCACGAGCCGGCCCAAAAGCAAAGAUCAGCAAGACCACUCUAACAGCGAUCGAGCAAGCAUCUUCAUGGUACUUCGAACAAGCUAGCGAGGAUCUAGCGGCAUAUUCAAAACACGCUGGGCGCAAAACUAUUGACGAGGCCGACGUCACUGCAUUGAUGAGGAGGCAACGCCAUCUCAACAAUAAUACUACGGUGUUCUCUCUGGCCCAAAAGCACCUACCGAAGGAGCUCUUGCAGGACAUGAGACUCGCGAUGCCUCCCAGAUGA